CCACAAAAUAAAAUAAUAAAAUGGCCUCACAGAGCUCAACCACCGUCUCUUUCAUCAUCAUCAUCCUCCUCAUCAGCCUCGCAGAAGCAGACCUCCUCAGCUCGCCUUCACCGACUACCACCGGCAACUUUGGCACGUGUCCCAGAGACCCAUUGCAACUACGCGUAUGUGCCAGCGUCCUUAACCUAGCCAAUGUCACAGCUGGAGACACCAGAGCAAGAUCGUGUUGCGCUGCCAUCAAUGGCCUCACUAAUGUUCAAGUAGUCGAUUGUCUCUGCUUUAUCUUCAGGCCAAUCCCUUUGGUUUUCGAUAUCGAUGAGGCUGUUAGAGAAAUCUUUUUUGCUUGCAACAGGGUUUUUCCUAUUGGGUUUCAGUGUCCACCACAACAGUAAUUACCCCUUAAUUCCCCUAAUUAAAAGCCCUACAUAUCCAGUAUUUCCUUAAACUAUAUAUAAGUUCGCUUGCACCACAAGUAUGAUGUUUAAUGGAUUACAGUGUUAAUCUGUGUUUCGUUGUUGACUAGGACGUAAUAAGGACUAUUGAUGUUUACAAGAAUAUGGACUAUUGAUGUUUGUAUGCAUAUCUACUAUAUUGUUCACGAAGAAGAAUAAUAAAUAAAGUUUAAUACUUUUGUGUUU